ACACUACUGUGUGUGUGUGUUUAUAAUAAGUGUUUACAAAAUUCUUGUAAAGAAUUCACCCUUUUAAAAUUUCAAGAAGACCCUUUUGCUUAAUCCCUGUAGAAACAAAUACCCACUUUUCAAAAUCAAAUUUUGAUAAAGAAUCUGUAAAGGGUCAAAGAAACUCAUAAAAAAAAAUGGCCCUUUUAGAGUUGUUAAAGAAAUUCAAGAAGUUGAAGUUUUCUGAACUUGGGUGUUUCUUAAUCAGUUUCUGUUUCAUCUUGUGUUUAUUUUUCUUGGACUAUAAGUCUGUAAGUAAAGGUUCAAGGGUUAAUAAUGGGCACCGUGGGUUGGGAGUUUGGUGGUCAAAUGGGCCAGGUCAUGAACUUGUUGGGUUUCUUGAAAUGGGUCAGGGUCAAAAGUGUGAUAUAUUUGAUGGGAAUUGGGUUUGGGAUGAAAGUUAUCCUCUUUAUGAAUCUAGAGAUUGUUUGUUGUUAGAUGAUGGUUUUAGAUGUUCUGAAAAUGGAAGGCUUGAUAGAUUUUAUACUAAGUGGAGAUGGCAACCAAAAGAUUGUAACUUGCCCAGAUUCAAUGCAAAAACUAUGCUAGAAAGACUAAGAAAUCGUAGGCUAGUAUUUGUAGGCGAUUCAAUUGGGAGAAAUCAAUGGGAAUCCCUUUUGUGUAUGUUAUCUACUGCUGUUACAAACAAAUCAUCAAUAUACGAGAUUAAUGGGAGACCAAUCAGCAAACACACUGGUUAUUUGGUGUUCAAGUUUGUUGAUUUCAAUUGCACGAUUGAGUACUACAGGGCCCCGUAUCUUGUUGCACAGGGCCGUCCGCCUGCUGGCUCACCAAAAUAUGUGAGAUACACUUUGAAACUUGAUAAAAUGGAUUGGAGCUCGGGAAAAUGGAAAGACGCGGAUGUGCUCGUAUUCAAUAAUGGGCAUUGGUGGAAUCCUGAAAAGACGACUAACAUGGGAUGUUACUUUCAAGAAUUCGAAGAUGUGAAACUGAAUAUGAGCAUAGAGACCGCAUACCAAAAAUCAGUUGAAACGGUUUUAAAUUGGAUAAGUAAAGAAGUAGACGCAAACAAGACCCAAGUUAUUUUCCGAAGCUUUUCUCCUGUACAUUUCAGGGGCGGUGACUGGAAAUCCGGUGGUAGCUGCCACCUUGAGACACUGCCAGACUUGAGUUCAUCACCAGUUUCAUCUGGUCUGAUGUUUUUCUCGAACAUAUUUGGCUCAGUGUUAUCCAAACGUGGGAAUGAUUCGUCCUUACAACCAAAACUAGAGUCGCUGGAUGUGACGUAUAUGUCAUCAAAACGAAAAGAUGGCCAUGCUUCGAUAUACUAUUUGGGCCCAAAAGAGGGUGGACCUGCCCCUUUACGCAAGCAAGACUGCAGCCAUUGGUGCCUACCAGGAAUCCCAGACUCGUGGAACGAACUUUUGUAUGCAGUCUUUCUCAAACGAGAAUACUCUGUUUCCGGGAAUUUUACAACCAACACUACCACCACCACCAGCCCGCCUUAUGUCUGAUUAGUAGUAGCGAAUGUGUGGCUGCUGCUUCUUUGAUAAAGGCAAUUUUGAGCCCUUUGUUGCUGAUGGGUUUCGGAGGCAGGGAGUGGACUAUUUCUGAUUGCUUGGUGGCUGCAGAAACUGACGGACGAAAGGCGGAAUCAUUAUUUGAAUUCAGUGCCAAUUGCAUUGAUGAAAAAUUUGUAUAGAUGUAGAGCAAAUUUUGCAUAUACAAAACAGUGGGGUAUAGAUUCAUUCAUCUUUGUAUCAAUUAACAUGAAAAAGAAAAGAGAAUACAUACUUUGGUGCAAUAUUUGGAGUUUUUUUUGUAAAUGCAGGGACUAGUUUGCAAUUUCAUAGCUUUUCAUUGUAAGUUAAACUACUUUAAUUCAAGUGAACAUAAUUAUACAAAGCAUCAAUUGCAUACU